AUUCCUGUGUAUAUUUCCACAGAUUCCAAACAAGACCAGACUAUGCGGCAAAUCCACAAGUUUCUAAGCACCUUAGAGACCCCAGAAUUUCUAUCACUUCAAGAACGCAAGAGGUUUAUUACCAAAGCAAGUCGAUUCUUUAUUCGAAAUGGCAAUAUGUAUCGACGAGCUGGACAACGACCCCCUCUAAAAGUUAUUUUCUCAGCUAACAAGAGACUUAGCAUUCUGGAAAGUGCACAUGAAGGACAAGGACAUCGUGGAGAGUAUGCAGUAAUGCGAAUGCUCAAAGAACGAUUUUACUGGCCAAAUAUGUGGAAUGAUGUUCAUCAACAUGUUCGAUCCUGUCAUCAGUGUCAGCUCAGAAGCACUCGUAAAGUUGAAGUCCCUCUGACAAUCUCUGCACCUGUGACACUGUUCACCAAGAUAUACUUGGAUAUCAUGUUUAUGCCCAAGGCAAAAGGAUUCAAGUAUAUCAUUGCAGCCAGAGAUGAUCUUUCUCGAGCUGCAGAAGGACGUGCCUUAAGAGAUGCAACUUCACAUGCCAUUGCCAAGUUUCUAUGGGAAGAAAUCUUCUGUCGAUAUGGUGCCAUUGGACAAGUUACCACUGACAAUGGACCUGAAUUCAAGAAAGCAUUCAAUACACUUACCAGACGGUAUGGUGUACCUCAAGUUUCAAUAUCUGCCUACAAUUCCAAGGCAAAUGGUGUAGUGGAAAGAGGUCAUGCGAUUAUUCGUGAAUCCAUAGUGAAAGCCUGUGAUGGGAAAGUCAAAGACUGGCCAGACUAUGUUCCCCAUGCUUUCUUUGCAGACAAAAUCACUAUCAGUCGAUCAACAGGAUUCUCACCUUACUAUUUGCUAUUUGGAGUUCACCCAGUCUUACCUUUCGAUCUCUUGGAAGCAUCAUUUCUAGUGGAAGGUUUCCACUCUGGAAUGUCUACAACUGAUUUGCUUGCACUGCGAAUCCAGCAACUUUCAAAGAAGGAUCAAGAUCUGGAAAAGGCUGCAGAAGUUCUCGCAAAGACACGUUUACGCUCAAAGGCUCAAUUUGAGAAGAAGUUUGAGCAUAGAAUUCGAGUUGAAAGUUUCAAGCCUGGAGAUCUCGUACUUGUACGAAACACUGCCAUUGAAAGAUCCUUGAAUCGCAAGACUAAACCCCGGUACUUAGGACCCUAUGAAGUAGUUCGACGGACCUUCAAAGGAGCCUAUAUCGUGAAAGAGCUUAAUGGAAACCUCUGGAAACAGGGAAUAGCGGCCUUUCGAUUGCUACCCUAUAUCUCAAGAGAUGACUCAAGGCUUCAAGAUCUUGCAGGAAGAAUAGAAGAAAUUGGAAGGCCAUCGCAAAAGCAUAUCACUGAAUUUAGUGACUUGGAUUCAAGUGACUCAAGUGAAGAGUCUACUAGCAAUCUUGAAGAUGUCUUCUAUGAGCAUAUAUCAAAUCACUAGACAACAUAGUCUAUGUGAAGAAGUAGUCAAGAACGUACUUGACUAGUGGCUAGAGAAUAUCUGAAUUCUCUAUCUCAAAUACUUCUAGACAGAGUGGUCUAGAAAGAUAUUUUUGUCAAGACCACAUUUCUUCAAUUUGAUUCUCAGAAGAAAAGAUAUCGUCAAGUGAAAUGCCCAAAGAAGUCCAACAAAGUCAUAGAAGAAGA